GCAGGCCCCGCCCCCGCGCUCCGCCGUGCCGGUGAGCGGACUCUGCGCGGCCGGCUGAUGGUCCUUCCCGGGAAAGCCAUGGCUACUUUCCGCUUGGCCCUCAUCCAGCUUCAAGUUUCUUCCAUGAAGUCGGAUAACAUCACUCGAGCCUGUAGCCUUGUCCGCGAGGCUGCAAAGCAGGGUGCCAAGGUGGUUUCUCUGCCGGAAUGCUUUAAUUCUCCAUAUGGCACAAAAUAUUUCCCUGAAUAUGCAGAGAAGAUUCCUGGUGAAUGCACACAGAAGUUGUCUGAAGUAGCAAAGGAAUGCAGCAUAUAUCUCAUUGGAGGCUCCAUCCCGGAGGAGGAUGCUGGGAAAUUGUACAACACCUGUGCUGUGUUUGGGCCUGAUGGGACCUUACUGGUUAAGCACAGAAAGAUCCAUCUGUUUGACAUUGAUGUUCCUGGGAAAAUCACAUUUCAAGAAUCUAAAACGUUGAGUCCCGGUGAUAGUUUCUCCACAUUUGAUACUCCUUACUGCAAAGUGGGCCUGGGCAUUUGCUACGACAUGCGCUUUGCGGAGCUUGCCCAGAUCUACGCACAGAGAGGCUGCCAGCUGCUGGUAUAUCCUGGAGCUUUCAAUAUGACCACUGGACCAGCCCACUGGGAGCUGCUUCAGCGAGGCCGGGCCGUUGAUAAUCAGGUGUAUGUGGCCACAGCCUCUCCUGCGCGGGAUGACAAAGCCUCUUAUGUGGCCUGGGGACACAGCACCGUUGUGAAUCCUUGGGGAGAGGUCCUUGCCAAAGCUGGCACUGAAGAAACGAUUCUGUAUUCAGACAUAGACCUGGAAAAGUUGGCUGAAAUACGGCAGCAAAUACCCAUUUUAAGACAGAAGCGAUCAGAUCUCUAUGCAGUGGAGAUGAAAAAGCCGUAAAAUUUACUUAUGUCACAAGACAGGAUGAUAGCCUACAACACGAUCAAUUAUGUAUUAAAAUUUUCUUUUUUUUUGCUGGGGUGGUGGGGAGGAUGGUGCUGAGAAUUGAACCCAAUGCCUUGUGCUUGCUAACUCUGCACUCUACCAUUGAUAUGCAUCCCCAGCCGUUUGUUGAAUUCUUUCUUUUUUUCUGGCUUUUACUUUCAUUUUUUUUCACAGGGCUUGCCUUUGAGAUGAUGGAGGUUGGUUCUUCACACAUUAAAUAGUUAGAAAAGACAGUGUGUCUCCAGGAAGAAGUAGGCAUGUCUUUGCAGCCUAUUCCAUAGUUAAUUUGCCAAAAACAAAAAACAGUGUAAAAGUGCUGAUCUUGGUGUGUGUCUGAACCUAUGAAGACCACAGCUCAAUGUUCAGUGUUUUUCCUCUAUGGCUUCUCCAUCUUAUUUUUUUUAUAAGACAGGGUUUCUCAUAGAACUUACCAGCUAGCCUUCAAACACUGAGGGUUGUCUCUGCCUUCCUAAGUGUUGACAUUAUAGGCAUGAACCACCACACAGAAGUAAUGGGGAUCUGAACUCAGUUUCUCAUGUUUAAGUACUAUAUCCAUUGAGCCAUAGUCUCAGCCCUUAGGAAAGCAGUCUUUUAUAACUUGGUUGACAGACAUCCUGUACCCACUUGGCAAAUUCUUUUGUAUUCCUGUGGUAGUAUUUAUACUGAAAAAGGGUGCCAUUCUAGGAAUAAUUUCUAUCCUUUUUCUUUUAAAAUUUUAUUUAUUUAUUUGAGAAAAAGGGAGAAAGGGAGAGAGCUGAACUCCAGAUGCAUGCACCACCUUAUGCAGCUGGCUUAUGUGGGUCCUGGGGAAUCGAACCAUGGUCCUUUGGCUUUGAAGGCAAGUGCCUUAACCAUUAAGCCAUCUCUCCAGCCCUAUUUUUAUCUUUUUAACCUUAGUUUAUUUUAGAUGCUUCUUGACUUUCUGUAGGGUUAAAUUCUGAUAAACCUGUCAUAUGUUUUGACAGUCAAAAGUGCUUCCAGCUGGGUAUGGUGGUGCAUGUCUUUAAUCCCAGCACUCAGGAGGUAGAGGUAGGAAGAUCACCAUGAGUUCAAGGCCACCCUGAGACUACAUACUGAAUUCCAGGUCAGCCUGGGCCAGAGUGAGACCCUACCUCAAAAAAAAAACAAACAAAAAAAAAAGUGCUUCCAAUUUACUAAACACCAGAGAUUAGAACACAGGAUAUUGUAGAGUAUUGGUUUACCCCUUUGAUAACAAGGCUGGCUGGAUGCUAUGAUAUUGUGUCACAUUAUCAGUCCAGAAAAGGACUACAAUUCAAUGAAUAGCUUCCACUUGGUAUCUAUUCCUUUUGCACUAUUGUAAAAAAAAAAAACAUUAGUGCUAAUCUGUAUUGGCAAACCAACCUUGCAUUCCUCAACCAACACAUAAGAACUCUUUUUAAAAAAAUUUUUGUUUAUUUGAGAGUGACAGAGAGAAAGAGGCAGACAGAGAAAGAAUGGGCACUCCAGGGCCUCUAGCCACUGCAAAUGAACUCCAGAUGCGUGUGCCCCCUUGUGCACCUGGCUAACAUGGGUCCUGGGGAAUUGAGCCUCAAACCUUUUUUUUUUUGUGACCUGACUAGUUAUUAGGGUCUGCUGGCUUCUUAAAAGGACUUGGGAAUUUUGGAAAACAGGUGUGAUAAUUUGCAUGGGCUCUCAAUCACAGUCUGAAGAUGAAAUACCUUCACAGAACUUUUGCUAACAUUCAGUCAUUUCUCUUGCUUACUUUGGGUCUGAUAUGUACUCCUUUUCUUACUGUUUUUAAAUAAAUGGAUUCUGAGGGAUUGGGCCAUUGAUGGACCACUUGCUUCACAAGUGUUAGGCUCUGGAAUCAGUCCCCAGCACAAUGAAAGUUAAGAGCCCAGUUCAUUGAUUGGAGACCUUUACUCAUUUUGAAUAUAAAUGUUUAGUAGUGUUAAUUUGUUCUAGAAUACUGAUUUAAUUGCAUAACCAUUUCCAUUUUUAUUCAGUUCAAAAUAUUAAUCUCCUUGAUUCAAGGAUUAUAUUGUUUCUAAACAAUUGGGGGAUCUUCCACAAUUUUCUGAUAAUUUUGACUUCUUUGGGGACAGAUAACAUGAUUAUAUAAUUUGAAUGCUCCAUGUGUACUUGCAAGUUUAUAUUCUGUCAAUUAGGUCAUACUGGUUGGUGAUUUCAAAUUUUAUGCAUUUUGGGACUGGAUAGAUAUCUCACUGGUUUUACAGAUGCUUGCUUACAAAGCCUGCCAGUGUGGGUUGAAUUUCCAAGUUACCCAUGAAUGUUGGAUGCAGAAACAAAACAAAAAAAGGCAUCUGGUUCUUGAUUGUAGCAACAAGAGGCACUGGAACAUCCAUAAAUAAAGUUUACAAAUUUGUAUAUCCA